UGAAAACGUGAGGCCAAGCUACUCACCGAAAAAGUCCAAAACGCAAACAGCACUCAGGCGGAUAUCCUUCCUACACAGAAACGAGGAGGUGGACAUACAAAGGCUGCUGCUUCGCUUCCGCUAAAGACUGUUUUUUUUUUGAGGAUUAUAACGCAACAUACUGCACUUUUUACACACCGGACCACCUACUGUCUGUUGCUGUUGGGGAUCACCACAGUUCACACCCCCCAUAUGCCUCACAUGGAGAGGAGCCUCCCCCUGGUCUCCAGUAACCUGCAGUAACUAUUGGACUCCCCAGAGAAUCAUUAACCACCUCAGUCUGAGUACUCCUUCCAUAACAUCCUCGGAUGGACGGACAGCAACUGGGGAAAAGAACACCAAGGUCACUGUUCAAGUAGAAGGAUCCUUUUAUUUAAUCGGUGCCUGAAGGAAACAACAGAUCGAAUACAGUUUUGAUGUCACAAACUGAUUGAAAUCCUUUUUCCAGGUCCUUUCUGUCUGGUCUAAAGCGUUUGGGAACGACCCAGAUUAAAUCAGCUUUGGGGCAGAGAAGUUGACCAUUAACCUCCCCUACUGAUUGCAAACACUUCUCCACUUGUAAGCAGCUGCUUCUGUACAGUGGAUCCUGAAGCAAAGUUCACUGUCACAAGCAGCAGAAGUCUGUCAGACGGAUUGACUUAUUAUUUUUCUCCAUUUUUGUGGGACUAACUUCAGUCUACAGCCAUGGCUACAGCAAGUUAUGGAUAUUACAGAGGAACUAUAUUUCUGGCCAUGUUUGUGGGUUACACAUUGUACUACUUUAACAGAAAGACUUUCUCCUUUGUGAUGCCUUCUCUAAUGCAAGAGAUUAAGCUGGAUAAGGAUGAUCUGGGCAUGAUCACCAGCAGCCAGUCUUUGGCCUACGCUAUCAGUAAGUUCAUCAGUGGCGUGCUUUCGGACCAGAUCAGCGCCCGCUGGCUCUUCUCCAUUGGCCUGUUUAUGGUGGGAGGCAUCAAUGUGGUCUUCUCCUGGUCCUCCACUGUCGCUGUCUUCUCUGCCCUGUGGUUUCUCAACGGCCUUGGCCAAGGCCUCGGCUGGCCUCCCUGUGGCAGGGUGCUGCGCAAGUGGUUUGAGCCCUCUCAGUUUGGGACAUGGUGGGCAGUUCUGUCCUGCAGCAUGAAUCUGGCUGGCAGCUUGGGCCCCAUUAUUGCCACAGUGCUGGCCCAGAGUUACAGCUGGAGGACGAUACUGUCUGUCUCUGGAAUGAUUUGUGUGGUGCUCUCCUUCGUCUGCCUGCUGCUCAUCAAGAAUGAGCCUAAGGACGUGGGGCUGCCCAAUAUAGAGGCAGCAGCCAAGAAGAGCAAAGGAGGAUCCUCCAGUAAUGAAAGCACCCUGUCUGAGUUUCUGCUGUCGCCUUACCUGUGGCUGCUGUCUGUGUCCUACCUGGUGGUGUUUGGGGUGAAGACCGUCUGCACCGACUGGGGCCAGCUGUUUCUCAUUCAGGACAAGGGCCAGUCUACACUCGUGGGUAGCUCAUACAUGAGUGCCCUGGAGGUUGGAGGCCUGUUGGGCAGCCUGGCAGCAGGUUACCUCUCUGACAAGGCUGUGGCCAAACAAGGCAUGAGAAUUUAUGGCAAUCCCCGCCACUUCAUCCUGAUCUGCAUGAUGGCUGGAAUGUUUGUGUCCAUGUACCUGUUCAGAGUCACAGUUACUCCUGACAGCUCAAAGGUGUGGAUACUCAGCUUGGGUGCUGCCUUUGGUUUCUCCUCUUACGGACCAAUAGCAUUGUUUGGAGUUAUAGCCAAUGAGAGCGCCCCACCUAACUACUGUGGGACAUCACAUGCUAUUGUUGCCCUAAUGGCCAACAUUGGUGGCUUCCUGUCUGGACUGCCAUUCAGCACAAUUGCCAAGCACCACGGCUGGGAAAUGGCCUUCUGGGUGGCAGAGAUCGUCUGUGGUGUCACCACUGUGGGUUUCUUCCUGCUGCGCAACAUCCAAACCAAGAUGGGUUACGUGUCCAAGAAGGCAGACUAAAAAAAAACAUCAAUACACCUCAUCCUCUGCAUCCAUAGGAAAACUGAAUAUUUUGAGCCAUCAUUUUAUUUUCAUAUUUUUCUUACUUGAUUUUUUUUUUAUAUAUCAUAGUAGUUUUUCAGUCAGUCAUAAAGCACAGGUGAAUAUGAAGCUCAUAGAAGUUGAGCAUUUUUUCCUCAGAAACCUGUUUUGCAAGGUGCUUCUCGACAUAAAGUGCUUACAGUCUAUAAACACUACAUCAAUAACAAGGGAAUAUAAGUGACUACACAUUUUGAAUGUUAUACAGUGGAAUGUGGAAAAAACACAACUAGAGAAAGGUUUUCUCUCUUAAUGCCACUGAACCAUUACAGUGACAAAACGACAAAACUUGAACCUGGUUCAAAACUGGUAUGUUUGUGUUUUUAAAAAAGCGUUGUAAUAAUGAAUAAUGAAUGGAAUUACACAAUAGAUCUAUACAAUGCUCAUCUUUUUUAAAGGAAAGCACAAUGUGUGGUCUUCAUUAUGAGAACAGUCAAAGAAUAAAUGAUACUUUAUGUUUUUCAGUCA